AUGCAUAGCAAGAUUGUCAUCAUCGGCUCAGGCCCUGCGGCCCACACCGCCGCCGUCUAUCUCGCACGUGCCGACAUGAAGCCCGUGCUCUACGAGGGCUUCCUCGCCAACGGCAUCGCCGCCGGCGGCCAGCUCACAACGACGACCGACGUCGAGAACUUCCCCGGCUUCCCCGACGGCAUCAUGGGCCAGGAGCUCAUGGACAAGAUGCGCGCCCAGUCGGUGCGCUUCGGCACCGAGAUCGUCUCCGAGACGGUCGCCACCCUCGACCUCUCGCAGCGGCCCUUCCGCUACUCCCUCGAGUGGUCGCCCGACACGACGCACACGGCCGACGCCAUCAUCCUGGCGACCGGCGCCUCGGCCCGCCGCCUCGGCAUCCCCGGCGAGGACAAGUACUGGCAGAACGGCAUCUCGGCCUGCGCCGUCUGCGACGGCGCCGUGCCCAUCUACCGCAACAAGCCCCUCGUCGUCGUCGGCGGCGGCGACUCGGCCGCCGAGGAGGCCCUCUUCCUGACCAAGUACGCCAGCCACGUCACCGUCCUCGUGCGCCGCGACGUCCUGCGCGCCAGCGCCAUCAUGGCCAAGCGCCUGCUCGGCCACCCCAAGGUCACCGUCCGCUUCCACAGCGGCGCCCAGGAGGUCAAGGGCGACGACAAGGGCCUCAUGUCCCACCUCGUCGUCCGCGACACCCGCACCGGCGCCGAGGAGACGGUCGAGGCCAACGGCCUCUUCUACGCCAUCGGCCACGUCCCCGCCACGAGCCUCGUCCAGGGCCAGCUCGACACGGACGACGAGGGCUACGUCAUCACCCAGCCCGGCACCCCGCUCACCAACAUUGAGGGCGUCUUUGCCGCUGGCGACGUCCAGGACAAGCGCUACAGGCAGGCCAUCACCAGCGCCGGCUCCGGAUGCCAGGCCGCGCUCGAUGCCGAAAAGUACAUCUCCGAGAUGGAGGACCCCAACCUCAAGGACGUCGUCAACCACGCCCGGUGA